AGAGAGAAGGCAAACGAAAUUUUGAGAGACGCAAAGGAUGGAUCAUUUUUGGUGAGGGAUUCUACCGACAAACUUGGUGAAGCUAAUUCUGAUUACACUCUAACGUUGAAGUGCAAUGGUAGUAACAAGCUCAUCAAAAUUUAUCAUUCUGAUGGAUUGUAUGGAUUUGCUCCACCAUUGAAAUUUACUUCAGUUGUUCAUCUGAUUGUUUAUCAUCAAACUCACACAUUAUCAUGUUAUAACAGCACACUCAGCAUUACUUUGAAGUACCCUGUUGCUAAA